AGCCUUGCCCACUCCUGCAGACACACUUACAAGUUGACUUGGCAUUUUGGGCUCGUUCGCUGAGCGCCCGGGAUCUUGCGCACAGGAGCUUGGAGCAUUUCCCAUAUGGUUGAUGAUUUCCUUCGCAAGAGACUUAGCAGAUCAGGCGUUCGGCACUAGAGAGGGGUGAGCUGCCUCCUCUGCUUUUAGUCUCUAUUUUAUUUCUUUUCUGCCAUCACCCUCUGCCCAGCUUUGCGCAUGAAUCUCUUGGAUCCCUUCAUGAAAAUGACAGAAGAGCAAGACAAGUGCAUGUCUGGGGCCCCCAGCCCUUCCAUGUCUGAGGACUCUGCGGGCUCCCCUUGCCCUUCUGGAUCGGGCUCAGAUACUGAGAACACCAGACCCCAAGAAAAUACCUUCCCCAAAGGGGAUCCUGACAUGAAGAAGGAGACAGAGGAUGAAAAGUUCCCAGUCUGCAUCAGAGAGGCGGUCAGCCAGGUGCUGAAGGGAUAUGACUGGACCCUGGUACCCAUGCCAGUCCGGGUGAAUGGAUCCAGUAAAAACAAACCCCAUGUCAAGAGGCCGAUGAAUGCCUUUAUGGUGUGGGCACAGGCUGCAAGAAGGAAGCUGGCGGAUCAGUACCCGCAUCUUCACAAUGCAGAACUCAGCAAGACCCUGGGCAAACUCUGGAGGUUGCUGAAUGAAAACGAGAAGCGACCUUUUGUGGAAGAAGCCGAAAGACUGAGAAUCCAACACAAGAAGGAUCAUCCAGACUACAAGUACCAGCCACGCCGCAGAAAGUCAGUGAAGAACGGGCAGACUGAGCAAGAAGAUGGUUCGGAGCAGACCCACAUCUCCCCCAAUGCCAUCUUCAAGGCGCUGCAGGCUGACUCCCCACAUUCUGCCUCCAGUAUGAGUGAGGUUCACUCCCCAGGGGAACACUCAAGUCAGUCACAGGGGCCACCAACUCCACCAACCACCCCUAAAACAGAUGUCCAGCCUGGCAAGCCAGACCUGAAGCGUGAAGGUCGCACCAUACAAGAGAGUGGCCGACAGCCCCCUCAUAUUGAUUUCCGUGAUGUGGACAUUGGAGAGCUGAGCAGCGAGGUGAUCUCCAAUAUUGAGGCCUUUGAUGUCAAUGAAUUCGACCAAUACCUGCCACCCAAUGGCCACCCAGGAGUCGCCUCCACUCAGGUGACUUAUACUGGCAGUUACGGCAUUACGAAUACAAACAGUGCCACCACCGGGGCUGGGCACACAUGGAUGUCCAAGCAACAACAGCAACAACCACCUCAGCAGUCCCAGCAACAACACACAUUGUCAACUCUAAACAGCGAGCAGAGCCAGUCCCAGCAGAGGACACACAUCAAAACCGAGCAGCUUAGUCCAAGCCACUACAGUGACCAGCCGCAGCAGCACUCCCCACAACAGCUCAACUACAGCUCCUUCAACCUCAACCAUUACAGCUCUACCUACCCAACCAUCACACGCUCACAGUACGACUACACUGAGCACCAAGGCUCCAACACCUACUACAGCCAUGCUGCUGGCCAGAGCUCAAACCUCUACUCUACCUUCAGCUACAUGAACCCCAGCCAACGUCCCAUGUACACUCCUAUUGCAGACACAACAGGGGUCCCAUCUAUUCCCCAGACACAUAGCCCGCAACAUUGGGAGCAGCCAGUCUACACACAGCUCACCAGGCCAUAGAAAAAUCACUACAGGCCAUUGACUUUCUAAAGACAAUUUGCCAUCCAGCACAAGUCAAGUAGUGCCCGCUUCAUAUGUGUGUGCAGCUCAUGGCCCUCUGCUGGCAGCCAGCAAGAAUGGGCAGAAGACUUCUAAACUGGACUCUCUUGACACCUCUGUAUAUACAGAUAACACAAGAGAAGUACUUUAGAAAAACCAGCAACUUGAUUUUCUCGGAGAGACUUUGUAAUUCUACAUCCUCUGUGAGGACUAGUCUCUAUCUGAUAUAUUUUUAGUAUGUACUGUGUAUGUUCUAUUGCCUUUAUAUGGGGGUUUAUACAUUUAUAUUUUAGAAGAAAAAAUACAUUGUAAGAAGUAAAAAAAAAAAAAGAAAAGAAAAAAAAAGUUCUCUGUUCUCCGACAACUGCUCAAGUAGUUCUACAUCAUUUGAAUUUUUAUUCAAAUGGAAAUAUUUUUGUAUAAAAAUGUUUUUAAAAAAAAUUUCAUUAAAAAAAUUGUUUGUCUUGCAUUCUUUUUUUAAAACAAACAAAAACAUUGGUCUAAAUAUUGAGCAGAGAGUUUCCCGCCAUAUGUAAAUCAGACAGUAAAUUGUCAUGGGAUUUACUCAAAGUAGGAAAUGUAUUUCCAUGUUUUACCCAAGUGCCAAUUCACAAAUAUUGUGCUUGUAGAUUAUAAUUCACAUGUUGCCUAUUGAACGGUUCCAGCCGGCCUCUAUACAAGUGCCCUUCAAAAUCUCUAAAGAUCUCCAGCAGCAAAAGCGAUAGAAAGAAAAAUUAAAAAUUUUUAGUUUUUUUUUGUAUUUUUUUGGUUUUUCACCUGUUGUCACGCUCUUAAAUUAUUUAUUUUAUAAUAAAAAAUAAUAUUGAUAAAAAAUGCUAAGUAAAAGCGCCCGAACUUUAACGAAAAAAAUCUUUUGUACAAAAAAGAUAUAUAUUAGCAUGCUGCUGAUUUUAUUUUUGCCUGGUCUUUUCUUUUUUGAGAAGUAUGCUUUUUUUGUUAAAUUAUGGGUUUUUAUUGUGUUAUUUAGUUUUUUUUUUUCUCAGACUUCUUUUUGUGUUCUAAAUUCUUUCCUUUUAGUCUCAUUGUAAAACACACAAGAUGCUCUAAUUUACAUGAAAAAAAAUUAAAUAGCCAAACAUUUUUUUUUUUUUGUAGUUAUUAUUUCCAUGCAAAAUAUUUUUCCAAAAACAGAAUUUCUCAACACCUGGUAUAUGCAAACAGCGUUGUACGGUUGAUAUCAUGUCAUCUUUAGAAAUCUGUCAACAUUUUGUGACAAAAUAUUUUUUAUAAAACAAAAUGCAGUUUGACUUUGGCAAAUAGUUUUUUAACAUUUGCUUAAAAAUAUUAUAUACGGUUUAUUUUUUUUAAAGGUACAGUCAUUUUAUUGUUAAUUUGUCAAGAUAGAGCACUCCACAAUGAAUGCCUUCCAUACAAAAAGUAGGCCUUAAUUCCCUCUCAGUUUAGUAACAUAUACAAAGCUGACUUUUAAAGUCCGUGGAUCAUUUUAUUUUAUGUGCAAUUUUGUUUUGUUUUUCUAUUGUUAUUUUCCUGUCUUUGUGAACUUAUUCUCUUGUGUAUUAUUGUUUUGCAAUAAAUAUAAAACAAUGUACUAAAA